AAGAGGGAGGGAAGCAGAAGUACUGUGCUGCAGCGCGGGGGCGAUUUUGGGGGAGAUUUUGGGCUGAACCCUCAUUUCCUCUGUGUGGGGCUCAGUGCACAGCCUGGGAGCUGAUGGGGCUUGGCCAUACCCUGCGGAGCGAUGGGGGACUGGAGCAUGCCCAUCGGCUCGCUGGGCGAGGAAGCGGUGGCCCGGCUGUGUGAGCUGCUGGAUAACGCCGGCCGGGGCUGGCGUAAGCUGGCCGAGCUGGCCGGGGCCGAGAAACGCUUCAGGUGCAGCGUGGAGGAGCUGGAGAUGUGCUCGCUGAAGGUGCUGGAGCCCCGCGGCAGCCCCACGCAGUGCCUGCUGCAGCUCCUGGCCGAGCGCGACUGCACCCUCAGGUACCUGCUGGGCUGCCUGGAGCGCAUGGGGCACGAACAGGCCUGCCGCGUCCUCAGCUCCGCCGUCCAGGAUGUGAUUCGCAUCACGGUGCAGCCCGAGUCGCAGGUGGUGGCGGAGGGGACACAGGUGUCCCUGACCUGCUGUGCAACUGGCCCACCAGGGCUCACGUACCAGUGGUUCUGUGGGAGGCAGGAGGUGCCUGGAGCCACAUCCCCAGAGCUGGUGAUCGACACAGCUACUCCCGCGUGCCAGUGGUACAUCUGCCGGGUGAACUGUGGGGCCGCCUUCACCUUCUCCAGGUGGGCUCAUGUGCAGGUGGAGAAGAGCAGCAGCCCCAGCUCAGCCAGUGGCUACUGCCCGAGCAUGGCUGGGCUGCAGAUCCUGCGGCAGCCGCGGCCGUGCCGCCUGGCUGAGGGGGACACGCUGGUGCUGGAGUGCAGAGCCAUUGGCAACCCCCCACCCCAGUACCAGUGGUUCAGGAACCGGCGCCCUGUGGAAGGGGCGCAAGCACCCCAGUUCCAGGUGAAGCUGGUGACAACGGCUGAGAGGGGCAGCUACUCCUGCCACGUGUUCAACCUCUUCCAUGAGGUGUGGAGCCAGGAGGUGGACGUGGAGAUUGGCCCACGGCUCUUCACCUCUGGAGGCUCCUGGCAGGAGGUGGAUGGAGGCUCUCUAGAGCAUGGCAGCCCUGGACAGCUGUACGCCACGGACAAAGUGGCGCUGCUGAUUGGCAACAUGCACUACCUGCACCACAAGCAGCUGCAGGCGCCCAUCGUGGAUGUUCACGCCCUUGGUGCCCUCCUCUGCCAGCUCGACUUCAAGGUGGUGUCACUGCUGGACCUGCGCAAGGCUGAGAUGCAGAUGGCCGUUGAUGAAUUCCUCCUUCUCCUUGACAAGGGUGUCUAUGGUUUGCUCUACUAUGCCGGGCACGGCUAUGAAAAUUUUGGCAACAGCUUCAUGGUGCCCACUGACGCACCCAGCGCCUACACGUCAGAGCACUACCCGCCCGACCCCGGGGCUCUGGAGACGUCAGAGUCCGGCCCCGGGGGGUUUGGAUCGGGGUGA